AUGGUGCGUAGUAGGAUAGAUCUUGCUUUGUUCGCUUUGCUUUGCAUUCAGGUUCUUGCAGUGAGUGUUGCUGCAAGGAAUGUAGUGAGUGUGAGGAACGACGAGGAGGAAAAGAACUUGGGGGCUGGAUUUGGCAGCGGAGCUGGAGGAGGCUUUGGUGGUGGUUCUGGUGGUGGGGCAGGGGGAGGCUUCGGAGGAGGUAGUGGUGGUGGUUCUGGUGGUGGGGUAGGGGGAGGCUUCGGAGGAGGUAGUGGUGGUGGCUUUGGUGGUGGAGCUGGAGGAGGCGGUGGAGCCGGAGGGGGUGGUGGCUUUGGUGGUGGGUCUAGCGGCGGUGGAGGGUUAGGUGGUGGUCAUGGGGUUGGAGGUGGUGGCCAUGGCGUUGGUGGUGGGAUUGGCAAAGGUGGAGGAAUUGGCGGUGGAAUUGGUAAAGGUGGUGGUGCUGGGGGAGGUUUUGGCAAAGGUGGCGGUAUUGGUGGUGGAAGUGGAAAAGGUGGUGGAAUAGGAGGAGGUGGAGGUUUUGGCAAGGGUGGAGGCCAUGGUGUUGGGGGCGGAUUUGGUAAAGGUGGCGGCUUUGGCAAGGGUGGAGGCCAUGGUGUUGGUGGUGGAAUUGGAAAGGGUGGCGGAAUCGGAGGAGGUGGUGGUUUUGGCAAAGGUGGAGGUCAUGGUGUUGGUGGUGGAUUUGGAAAAGGUAGUGGAAUAGGAGGAGGUGGAGGUUUUGGCAAGGGUGGAGGCCAUGGUGUUGGGGGCGGAUUUGGUAAAGGUGGUGGAAUUGGAAAAGGUGGCGGAAUAGGAGGAGGAGGUGGAGGCGGCUUUGGCAAGGGUGGAGGCCAUGGUGUUGGUGGUGGAAUUGGAAAGGGUGGCGGAAUCGGAGGAGGUGGUGGUAGUGGCAUUGGAGGCGGAGCAGGAGGAGGCUUUGGUAAGGGUGGCGGAGUAGGUGGUGGAAUCGGCAAAGGCGGUGGAAUUGGUGGUGGUGGUGGUUUCGGUAAAGGCGGUGGUAUUGGAGGAGGUGGAGGAUUUGGUGGCGGCAGUGGAGGUGGAGGCGGCUCCGGUGGUGGAAUAGGAGGGGGAUUUGGCAAAGGUGGUGGCAUUGGUAGGGGAGUGGGAGGAGGCUCUGGCGGAGGUGGCGGAUUUGGCGGUGGUUUUGGUGGUGGAGUAGGUGGAGGAGCUGGGGGAGGCAGUGGAGGUGGUGGUGGAAUUGGAGGCCACUAAGAGAGCUGCCCUUGUGCCCUACAGUAUUUCAACGUGCAUGCAGCUGGAAUCAAAGAAAGUGCAAUGAUCGUAAAUUAUAUAUUCCUGUUUUCUCAAUUCGCUUGCUACUUAAAUUAAUU